AUGGGCAAAACACAAGAAGAGACUAUGAACAAUCCCUUCAUUCCAAAGGAUAGUGAACUUCAUGCACUCACACGAGCUGAGGAAGAAAAUUGCUACAAGGACAUGAAGGCAAAGGCCCUGGAGGCCUGUCAGUUACCCAUCAAAGACUUUGUUACUUGUAGUAAAGAGCACAAUGUUACUGUCAUGUGGACAUGCAGAACAAAGCUAAAGGCAAUGAACAACUGCUUGAAUGAAAGGUACGUUGAUGAAGAGCAUGGUUUGGCAUUGUAUAUUUAUUGGCUCGAUAUAGAACUUCACAAGAAGAAUUAG